AUGGACAACAUUCCUGAUCUUUCAUAUGACUCCAUAGACCGGCUGGAGAUGGAUCUAGAAUCCAAUGAGCCAACCCUUGAUGCAUUUAAUAAGGAAAGUAUACUUCAAUUCAAGACCAAAUGGGAUGCUAUACUUGAUAAAUACUCCAAGAUUGAUGAUACCAAAGAGAGUGAUGAGAUAGAUUUAACCACGGGGACCAUAAUAACCGACAAUGGACAUAUUAGAAAUCUUAAGUCAGUGGUAGAAUUCAAGGGGGUGCCGAUACUGUCAGAUAUAUGGUCCACUGAUCUUGAACAACGAGAUAAGCUGUUACGUAGUAGAGAACGACGUCGUAAACAAUUGAAAAGCGAGUUGAAACAACAAUUGAAACAAACAAAUCUGUUUUGCAGUAAGGAUUUAUCACCAAAGAAACAUGGUAGUAACGAUCUAGAAGAUAAUAUACGGUUAUUAAGUCCAUCUCCAAAGAAGCCAAAGGUAUCAUCCUUUGAGAUACUGGCGCAAGCUGAGGCAGACGCAGAUUCACAGUCAGAGUCACAGUCACAAUCAGAUUCAGAUUCACAGGCACAAUCAAUAACAGAGUCAAGAACAGAAUCGCAAUCUGAUGCAUCUACAAAUACUGACUUUGAUGAUGAAUACCUGGUGAUAGCAGAAACUUCCCUCUCCGAAUUGCAUUUAAUAGAAUGUGCAUUCCCUAAUUGUGAAUUCACGGAUUCAAAUAUCUUUCUGUAUCAGAAACACUUGCUACAAUGUCAUAGUAAGACCCUCAAACGAAUGGGAUACCCCAUAGAUAAUACUGAUAUCAAUCAUAAUACCCCUAAACAGUUAAUAGUGGAUGUCCCCCUUCAAAAGGCUUUGGAAGCUUAUUUCCCCUUGGUCCAUAGUGUUCCUCCAUUACCGUUGACUCCAAAUUGUGUGCCCUUAUGCUGCACUCAAGUUAUUGAUGGCAGAAGAUGUAGAAAGACAUUCGAAUCUCAAGCAUUGUUGGAUGACCAUAGAUUACAUGCACCUAGCCUCUGUUCCACUAGAAAGCCAGUUUAUUUAUGUCCAAUGCUUGGAUGUGGGUUCAUGAUAGAAGAAAAUUAUCUAGAAUAUCGCCAACACUUUAUUGAUUCAGAACACCAUAUUGAACCUAAGUAUCGACGUUGUUUCAUGUCUCCCCCCAGCCAUGAUGAUGCUCAUGAUGAUGAUAACAAUAAUGAUAGCUUUUUGAACUUGGGUUCCAUGGAUACUGGUUACGAUUCAAUAGAUGAAUUAUUCAGUGAUUAA